GCGCCUUGGCUGAGAUUUGCAACCCGACAUGCGCGCACAUAAAACCGGCGUUCGUGGGGCUGGGUGGUCCCAAACGCCGCGGAGUAGCUAUAAUGGCUGGAUGUUGUGCUUGUGGCUGGUUGUGGCCGGGCUGGCGGUGGGCUCCGGAGACCUGCGGCUGUCCGCCGAGCCAUGCCCGUCCUCUUGCGCCUGCAGCAACACCAGGAUCUCGUGCGUGGACCCGGAGAGGGGCAUCGCCACCUUUCCCACCCUGCAGAGCGAGGCGGAGAUGGAGAACAUCACGGACAUCUACAUUGCCAACCAGAGCACCUUCUCGUCCAUCAGCGACAAGGACCUGCACUACUACAAGAACCUCAGGAACCUAACGGUGACCAACAGCAGGCUGACGUACGUCUCCAAGCUGGCCUUUCAGAACAACGUCAAAUUACAAUAUCUGAAUCUGAAAGACAACAACUUGUCAUCGUUAUCCUGGACCAUAUUCCGACACCUCAACAUCUCCUACAUGAUCCUGACAGGAAACCCACUGCACUGUUCCUGUGAGAACAUGUGGAUCAAGCUGUGGCUGGGAGAGGAGGCGGACACCCAGGAACUGCGCUGCAUCGAGGACGGUGGAGGACGCAGCCUGCUGUCCAGACUCAGACUUGCCAACUGCGAGCUUCCCAUGGCGACACUGACGGCGUCCAAAGUGACCGUCAUGGAGGGUGAGAACAUGCAGCUGUCCUGCACCACCUCCGGAGUUCCCUCGCCCGACCUCAUUUGGAACAUGACGCUGGUCACAAACUACGAGAUCGCGACAGCAGGUCAGAUCUCCACACUAUGGUUGUCCAACUUGUCAUCGUUGGACCAUAACAGUAAGAUCAGCUGCACCGCACAGAACAUCGUCGGCGAGAAAGAAUCCUCGCUGCUCUUGGACAUACUCUUUCCUCCGAAUAUCACCAAGUUGAGUGACGCCAUCUCAGACCACCACUGGUGCAUCCCCUUUAGUGUCGCAGGCAACCCCGAACCUCACAUGCAGUGGUUUCUGAACGGCAAAGCGGUGACGGAGGACAAAUUCAUCAAGACCAUGAUCUAUGAGGUGACCGAGCGCGAGUAUCACGGCUGCCUGCAGCUGGACAGCCCCACCCACCUCAACAACGGCCUCUACACGCUAUUGGCCAAGAACGAGUAUGGAACAGACCAGAAGCGGGUCGAGGCCCACUUCAUGCAUAAACCCUGGGACGGUGAGGACCCACACUUGACAGGAACUGACAAAGAUUCGUACUACUACGACUUCCCCAUAGAUGGACCCACUUCAGACCCGCCAGAGGACAGAGUCGCCGUGUACGUGGUGGUGGGCAUCGCUGCCGUCGCCUUCUUCGGUUUCCUGAUUAUGUUGGCCAUUCUCAAGUUUGGCGGCAACUCCAAGUUUGGCAUCAAAGGACCGUCCUCGGUCAUCAGCAACGACGACGACUCUGCCUCGCCCCUCCACCACGUCUCCAACGGCAGUAACACGCCAUCCUCCUCUGAGAUGGGCCCCGACGCCGUAAUCAUCGGCAUGACGAAGAUCCCCGUCAUCGAGAACCCACAAUACUUCAGGAGCUCCAACAGCUUGCUCAAGACAGACACCUUCGUCCACCACAUCAAGAGACACAACAUCGUGCUGAAAAGGGAACUGGGAGAGGGAGCCUUUGGCAAAGUCUUCCUCGCCGAAUGUUACAACUUGUCGCCUGACCAGGAGAAGAUACUGGUGGCUGUCAAGACACUUAAAGAGGCCAGCGAAAAUGCUCGCAAGGAUUUCCACCGCGAGGCUGAGCUCCUGACCAACCUCCAGCACGAGCACAUCGUCACCUUCUACGGUGUGUGCGUGGAGAGCGAACCCCUCAUCAUGGUGUUCGAGUACAUGAAACACGGAGACCUCAACAAGUUUCUCAGGGCUCACGGUCCGGAUGCAGUUCUGAUGGCAGAAGGCCAGACCACCAGACCAGUGGAGCUGACUCAGUCGCAAAUGUUGCACAUCGCCCAGCAGAUAGCGUCCGGAAUGGUCUACUUGGCGUCACAACACUUUGUGCACCGCGACCUGGCCACCAGGAACUGCUUGGUGGGCGAAAACCUGCUGGUGAAAAUCGGAGACUUUGGCAUGUCCAGAGACGUCUACAGCACUGACUACUACAGGGUAGGUGUGGGAGGUCACACCAUGUUGCCAAUCCGCUGGAUGCCGCCUGAGAGCAUCAUGUACAGGAAGUUCACCACGGAGAGCGAUGUCUGGAGUCUGGGUGUGGUCCUCUGGGAGAUCUUCACCUACGGCAAACAACCCUGGUACCAGCUCUCCAAUAACGAGGUGAUCGAGUGCAUCACCCAGGGCAGGGUGCUGCAGCGCCCCAGGACCUGCCCCAAAGAGGUCUACAACCUUAUGCUGGGCUGCUGGCAAAGAGAGCCCCACAUGAGACUCAACAUUAAAGAGAUCCACGGCCUGCUCCUCAACCUGGCCAAAGCCUCGCCCGUCUAUUUGGAUAUACUCGGAUGAACGCGGAGGAAAACACAAGGUGUCACUGUACAGGAUGUGAAAACAACUUUUAAAGGCAAUCCAAAAAAAAAAAAAAGAAAAGAAGAAUCCCCAAACACCUCCUUCCAAUAUUUCCCUUCUCAUCUUUCCUG